AUGGCGGUUCAGUCGCGUUUGCGUCCCGCCUUGGAGUCGGCCAAGAUGGCGGCUUUGAGUCGCCUCUUGAACUUUAUCUCGUUCUAUUCGAGCAAUUAUAAUUCGAUUCAGAGGGUCCUUCGGGUUGUGUAUAUGGUGGGUGUGACAUUUGGCCUGCUGCAUAUGUUCUGGCCACGUAAACGCUCGGCCAAGGCCAAGGAAGCUGAUAAGGCCAAGCCUUCGUCAAACAUGCAGCGCAAGAAAGUGACGCUCGACCAUGUUUUCUACGCCCGGCUGUUCCGCCUGCUCCGUAUCAUCUUCCCAACCUGGCGCUCGAAGCAGACAGGCUACCUGUUUGGUCUUUCGGCGACGCUACUUAUCCGUACACUUAUUUCACUGUACGUGGCUGAGCUGGAUGGCCGUAUCGUCUCUUCGCUUGUGCGUGGUGAUAAGCGCAUGUUCUUCUUGCGUGUGAUCGCCUGGAUGGGCAUUGCCGUGCCGGCGGUGUUGGUGAACAGUCUGAUCUCGUUCUUCGUGAACUCGCUAGCUCUCUCGAUCCGUACGCGCUUGACGAGCAUUAUCCAGCACAAGUACUUGCAGAACCUGACGUUCUACAAGCUUACGAAUUUGGAUGACCGCAUCCGAAACGCGGAUCAACUAAUCACAGUGGAUGUGCAGAAAUUCAGUCGCGCUAUUGCGUUGCUAUACGGUAACAUCUUCAUGCCAUUGAUUGAUUCCAUUGUGUACAACUUCCGUCUUAGCCAGACGGUCGGUAUUGAGAUGCUGAUGGUUACUACAGCGAUUAUUCGCUUGACCACGAUGCUCGUGAAGAUGCUCACCCCACCGUUUGGUCAGUACACUGCGAUGGAACAGCAACUAGAGGGUGAAUACCGCUUCGGUCACGCCCGUCUUCUGGAGAAUGCUGAGGAGGUGGCCUUCUACCGCGGUCAGAGCCUCGAGAAACGCCACAUUGACCGCUCCUACUUCUCUCUGUUGAAGCACAUCAACCGUGUGUUGCAUAUCCGAAUUGGCCACGGUAUGAUGGAAGAAGGUGUGAUCAAGUGGCUGUGGGGUGCCAUUGGUCUGGUCAUUUGCUCAGGCCCUGUGUUCUUCAAGAUCCCUGGCUUCGCUGUGGGCGGUGGCCGCAAAGCCGACAUGGGCUCGCGUACGGAGGUGUUCGUGACCAACCGCCGCUUGCUGCUCUCGUCGUCGGAUGCCGUGGGUCGUGUGAUGCUCAGCUACAAGGAAAUGUCGGAGCUGGCCGGCUACACGUCUCGUCUUACAGAGUUACUUGAGGUCAUGGAUGACCUGGAGAAGGGUCAUGCGAAGAAGCGCCUGGUCUCCUCGUCGGGUGAUGAGGCGAUUGCCAAGAAGAAGGAGAUCUUCUCGCGCCGUGGAGAAAUUAACGAGGACAGCGAUGAAGUCGUGUUUGACCAGGUACCCAUUGUCAGCCCGAACGGUGAUGUUCUGCUGCAGAAGCUCAGCUUCCACAUCAAGCCAGGUCAGCACUUGUUGAUUAUUGGUCCGAACGGUUGUGGUAAGAGCAGUAUGUUCCGUAUCCUUGGUGGUCUGUGGCCUGUGUAUGGUGGCAAGGUCUCGAAGCCCUCGAACAAGGAGUUCACCUAUAUUCCUCAGCGCCCCUACCUGUCGCUCGGUACGCUUCGUGACCAGGUGACCUACCCCGACACGGUCGAGGAGAUGCAUGCGAAAGGCGUCACGGACGAGGACCUGCUGCAGAUUCUCAAGCUGCUGCAGAUCGACGGUAUUGUAGAACGUGAAGGCGGCUGGGACGUAAAGCGCGAGUGGCGUGAUGCCCUUAGCGGUGGUGACAAGCAGCGUAUUGCUAUGGCGCGCUUGUUCUACCAAAAGCCCAAGUAUGCUAUCCUUGACGAGUGCACGAGUGCGGUGACGCUGGAGGUGGAGAAGAUCAUGUAUGACCAUGCGACGGAGCUCGGCAUUACGAUGCUCACAGUGUCGCACCGCUCCUCGCUGUGGAAGUACCACUCGCAUGUACUGCAGUACGAUGGUCAGGGUGGUUACGUGUUCACGGAGUUGGAUGCUGACAAGCGCCUGAAGCUCCAAGAAGAGAAGCAGGCCAUCGAGCAGAAGCUUCUUCUGCUGCCCAAAUGGCAGGAGCGUCUCAAGGAGCUGGAGAACAUUGUGGAGCUGCGUCACCAGCAUCACAAGACGGAAUCGGUCCCCGCGAUGCCCAAGACGCAAGAGCCCGUGACCCCGGCGGAGGCACCUGCCCCCACCCCGGCCGCGCAGGCGUCCACCACGCCCGCUUCUGAAAAGCCAAAGGAGACAUCGACGCCCAAGACGCAAGAGCCCGUGACCCCGGCGGAGGCACCUGCCCCUACCCCGGCCGCGCAGGCGUCUACUACGCCCGCUUCUGAAAAGCCAAAGGAGGCAUCGACGCCCAAGUCGAAGAAGAACAAGAAGAAGUCGGCUCCUUCGGAGACGGCGCAGCCCAAGGCCCAAACGCUGGCUGAGCUUAAGGCAGAAGACGAAGCCCGCGUCAACGCGGCUGGUACUGAGCAGACCCAAGCUGCGCCUGCACUGGACAUGGCAUCGCUGAAGUCCACCAAGAAGGCGUAG